AUGGAUUUAAUCAAGACACUCGAUUACCGAAUGGUCAGUGACCUCAAGCACAGCUUGUUGGAUGCCACCUAUGGAGAAGGAAGUGUCUUGCCCAGAUCAGAUCCUCAUAAGCAUCUAUUCUUUCAACAGCCCCAAGCAGUGAAUGGGGCAAGAUCCUGUGCCGCUGCUGCGACCAGGAACAUUGGCGAAAAGGCUCGGGAGAGCGAUGCCAAGAUCAUCAUUCUCUGGGGUUCUCAGUCCGGGACAGCAGAGAGCCUCGCUCAUCGUCUAGCUCGGGAUGCUCAGCAGAGACUGAAGUCUGUCACGGUUGUCUGCGACUUGGCCGACUAUGACCCUGCUACAAUCGCAGAAGUUGCAGAAUCUGUCAUUGUUGUGUUUAUUGUGUCUACCUAUGGAGAAGGCGAUCCAAGUCACAAUGCGAUAGAAUUUGUGUCCCACGUCACGACACUUCGCAGUUCACCACUCUCACACUUGCGUUAUGCUGCCUUUGGUUGCGGAAACAGCAACUAUCGGUACUUUAACAAAGCCAUCGAUGAUAUAGCAUCGUCUAUGGAUCGAUGUGGUGCCAAAUGUCUUGUUUCUACGGGAAAAGGUGACGAAGCAAGCCGAUCGACCCAGGAGGACUUCCUAGAAUGGAAGGAAGGCUUCUUUUCUUACCUUGUGUCAGAGUAUGGCAUGCCAGACCACAAAGCCGAGUAUCAACCUUCUGUGAGCAUCACAAAGGAAGAGCCCACAGCCGCCAAUUCUGAACUUCUGGAUAACAAAUCACUGCCCAGAAAACAGCAUACGAUAGAUAUUCCCAUUGCCUCCAGGGAUAUCGUCGCCACCUAUGACGGACAGGAUCGUUCAUGCAUAGAUCUCAAGUUAGACCUUUCCAGCCACAGCCAGAUCAAAUACCGAACCGGAGACCACAUUGCCAUUUGGCCUUGCAACCCCCUGGAAGAAGUUGAUCGCUUACUUGGUGUUCUUGGACUGGAAUCCCAGAAAACGGAUGCUCUUCGCAUAACUGUCAAAGAUGACAUGGAUGAACUGAAGGUUCCGUCAUUGACAACUAUCCAAGCGCUUGUGUCCCAGCACCUCGACAUCUGUGCGCCAGUUCCCAGAGAGACGGUUCUUGCCUUGGCUCGACUGACAUCCAGUGUCAUUGUGAGAACUGAGCUUGAAAAUAUUGGUCGGGAUAGGGAAACAUACGCAACGUUCCUCGACCAUCAUCACCUCAAUUUAGGGAGACUUCUUGAGCUUAUGAAUAGCCAUGACUUGAGCAACUCGUGGAUGGGACUCCCCCUUGCAUUCAUAAUUGACUUUAUACCGCCAAUGCAACCUCGCCUUUAUUCUAUUGCAACCUCUAGCACCGUAGACCCUCGUCGGGUCGGCGUCGUUGUUUCCGUCAAGCCCACUCCGGUUCUCAAGAACCCAGCGGCCCUUAUUUGCGGCGUCACAAGCACAUACCUCUCCACAACGGAUCUCCCUAGCAUUUCUAAUGAUGCCUCUUUGGUUCGUGCCGAAAUCCGCAGGUCUUCUUUCAAGCUUCCCAUCAAUCUAAGCAUCCCAGUCAUAAUGGUGGCUGCCGGCACAGGCAUCGCGCCAUUCCGUGCUUUUGUACAAGAGCGUGCCCGUCUGGCAUCUAUUGGCCACAAGGUCGGGCCUAUGAUUCUCUUCUCGGGCAGUCAGAAUCUUUCUGAUUCUCUAUAUCAUGACGAGUUCUCUGCUCUGGCCGCUAUGGACGGGGACAGAGCUCUGCCCUUGAAAUUCAUUGCCGCGUUCUCCCGUCCGAGAGGAGGUGAUGUAAAUCUUGCAAAGAAGACCUACGUGCAGGACCAGGUGCUUGUACAUUCUCGCGAGGUUGUUCAGCACCUGGUGGAUAAUGAUGGGGCUAUUUACAUAUGCGGAGCCACAACAAUGGCCAAAGCUGUCGGAGAUGUCAUAUUAGAGGUUGUCAUGCAACGUAACUCUUGGUCCAAAGAAGCUGCAGACAAGUGGAGGCAAAACAAGAGAAAGACAGCAAGCUGGCACGAGGAUGUAUGGGGCUGA